GCCGCCCUUCCACGUCUCCCGGAAGAGGUGGCAGGGCCGCGGCUGGUCCCAGAGGGGAUUCGCUCAGUCUGGGCCCGCUCCGGGCCGGAUGCUGACGGGGGCGGCUCAGGAGGGCGUCGAGGCCUCUGUACCGCCGCUCCGGAGUCCCCAGGUUCACCAAUAGGAUUAUUCUGCCACCAACAUGUCUUGGUUUGCUGAUCUUGCUGGGAAAGCAGAAGAUCUUUUAAACCGGGUUGAUCAAGGAGCUGCAACAGCUCUUAGUAGAAAAGAAAACACUAGCAACGUCACAUACAACAAAAAUAACGACUAUCCUGAACUUCGUCAGCAGAAUGCAGAGUUGACUUAUCAGACUGGAUCUAGAGCUCCUUACAUUUCUUCCGCAGCUGAUAACAUUAGAAAUCCAAAGGCCACCAUCUUAGCUGGCACCGCAAAUGUGAAAGCAGGCUCUAGGACACCAGCAGAGCCCUCUCAUCCUGUUGAAAAUGCAUCCCUUCCCAGGCCUUCCUCCCAGUUUGUUCGAAGAAAAAAGUCAGAACCUGAUGAUGAACUACUAUUUGAUUUUCUUAAUAGUUCACAGAAGGAGCCUUCCGGGAAGGUGGAAAUCAAAAAAGAAAGGGCCAAGACACCUGCCUUUCAGACUUCUCGGACAGCCAGUGUCAGUUCUACAAACACCAACGUGACCACCAUCAAAACCGUUGAAGAAAAUUCUUCUGGGAGCCAAAGCCAUGAAACGUCUAAUAAUACAGAUGCUGGCCCUGAAGGCCAAGAGGAUUCUUCAAAGGAAAAUGCAUCAUCAAACGGUACCUGCACUGAUCCCACUCCAACAUCUAAUGAUGGCGGCAAAUCACACGAACUUUCUAACCUUCGACUGGAGAAUCAGCUCCUGAGGAAUGAAGUUCAGUCUUUAAAUCAAGAAAUGGCCUCCUUACUUCAAAGAUCCAAGGAAACUCAAGAAGAAUUAAACAAAGCAAGAGCAAGAGUUGAAAAGUGGAACGUUGACCAUUCAAAGAGUGAUCGGAUAACUAGAGAACUUCGAGCCCAAGUAGAUGAUCUGACUGAAGUGGUGGCUGCAAAGGACUCCCAGCUAGCUGUACUGAAAGUGCGGUUACAAGAAGCUGAUCAGCUACUGGAUGCCCGCACGGAGGCCUUAGAAGCCUUACAGAGUGAAAAAUCGCGAAUAAUGCAGGAUCACACUGAAGGUAGUAGCCUGCAGCAUCAAGCUCUGCAGACUCUUCAGGAGAGACUGCAUGAAGCGGACGCCACGCUGAAGAGAGAGCAGGAGAGCUAUAAGCAGAUGCAGAGUGAGUUUGCCGCGUGCCUUAAUAAAAUGGAAGCGGAGCGUCAGAGUUUGGCAGAGGCGGUUACUGUGGCAGAAAGAAAACACUCAGACGAGAAGAAGAGAGUUGACGAGUUACAGCAGCAGGUGAAGAUGCAUAAGUCCAGCCUGGAGGCCUCUAAGCAGGAACUAAUUGACUACAAGCAGAAAGCUACCAGAAUACUCCAGUCUAAAGAAAAAUUAAUUAACAGCUUAAAGGAAGGAUCUGGUUUUGAAGGCCUAGAUAGCAGUACUGCCAAUAGCAUGGAGCUAGAGGAACUUCGGCACGAGAAGGAGAUGCAAAGGGAGGAGAUACAGAAGCUGAUGGGCCACAUACACCAGCUGAGAACUGAACUACAGGAUGUGGAGGCUCAACAGGUUAAUGAAGCAGAGUCAGCAAGGGAGCAGUUACAAGACCUACAAGACCAAAUAGCUCAGCAAAAAGCAUCUAAACAAGAACUAGAAGCAGAACUGGAUCGACAGAAGCAGGAAUUCCGUUAUAUAGAGGAAGACCUGUAUCGGACAAAGAACACAUUGCAAAGCAGAAUUAAAGAUCGAGAAGAAGAAAUUCAGAAGCUCAGGAAUCAGCUUACCAAUAAAACUUUGAGCAACAGCAGUCAGUCCGAGUUAGAAAAUCGCCUCCACCAGCUAACGGAGGCCCUCAUCCAGAAGCAGACCAUGCUGGAGAGUCUCAGCACAGAAAAGAACUCCCUGGUCUUUCAGCUGGAGCGCCUGGAGCAGCAGAUGAACUCUGCCUCGGGCAGUAGUAACGGACCGUCCAUUAACAUGCCUGGAGUUGACAAUGGCGAAGGCACACGUCUGCGAAACGUUCCUGUUCUUUUUAAUGACACGGAAACCAAUCUGGCAGGGAUGUAUGGAAAAGUCCGCAAAGCUGCUAGUUCAAUUGACCAGUUCAGCAUCCGCCUGGGAAUUUUUCUCCGAAGAUACCCCAUAGCUCGGGUGUUUGUAAUUAUAUACAUGGCUUUGCUUCACCUCUGGGUCAUGAUUGUUCUGUUGACUUAUACACCAGAAAUGCACCAUGAUCAACCACAUGGCAAAUGAACUGAAUCUAGCUGUUUGAAUGAUUGGUUGUCUUUUUCCAGACUUGGAAUCAGCAGAAGGGCCAGUUGCCUGAAGUUCCUGAAAAGGGUGCACAAGAUUAUUUUAUCACUACCAGCUUUUAACUUUUUAAGUUAUUAUUCGAGUACUCUGCUACCUAAAUCUCUCUCUUAUUUCCUUCAAAUGGUAAGGGUUUCUAAAACAGAUGAUAAUUUAACAAGUUCAGCUUCGCUUUUUCUGAGUUCAGUGAUCCUAAGAGAUAUAUAUAUACACACACACACAGAGCUGCUGGAGUUGUUCACCUCUGUGCAGACAGUCUUGUAUUUUAGGUCACUGAUUAUGGGCUAUAAUCAGGGAAACUAAUUGUAUUUAGAGAUAUAAAUAAAAAGUUUUCUUUUUGAUAGUUCAGUGUGCUUUUGUAUUUCAUACUUUUAACUGUGCAAAUAUAGAUUUACUUUUUACAUGUUAAAGGCCUGAUUGGUGCAAAAUCUUUUUAUAAAUGCAUAAAUAAA